CACCCCUCGUUCAUCUGACCACCACCACACCACCCCCUCCUUUCCCCUCGACUCCUCCUGAAAGACAACCCCUUUCUCUCUUCCAAACACCUUCACCUUACUUCAUUUCAGAUUCCAGACCUAAAUCGUUCAAAAUGAGUGCAAUUGCUGAUACCGAGGGGCCAAUUGAGGUCGUCAAGGUGUUGUUUGUACUCUACAACAACUACAACACCUUGGACGUCGCCGGGCCGCUCGAGGUUCUCAGCCGAGCUCUCCAUGAUCCAAAGGACAAGAACUCCAAGGGCUUCGAAUGCCAGUUCGUUGGCACUGCGGCGGCCAUGAAAUCCGUCCAGGGAUUGACCAUCAAGGCCGACAUGGACUACGACGAUGCCACGGACGAGCUUGAGGACUAUGAUGUUAUCAUUGUUCCUGGAGGCGACGGUGUCUUCGACGUCCUCAAAGACAAGACCGAGCCUCUCCACAUCCUCUCCAAAUACGUCGAGAUGCAGGAGAGGAAUCCUGCCAAGGAACGCACCAUCCUAGCCAUUGACACCGCCGCUCUCCUUCUCGCCCAGCAGGGUCUUCUUCAAGGCCUUGCAGCUACCACGCAUCCCGAUUACUAUACCCGUCUCGAGACACUCUGUCAAGAGGCCUCUAUCCGCGACACUUCCCUGCGUACCGAUGUCAUGGAGGAACGCUACGUGGUAAACAACGCCCGUUUCGACUUGGGUGAGAAUCCCGACGAGAACCCCUACAUCAUCAAGAAGACCCGCGACGGCGAGCUCGUCCCCGCGGGUCCCAACACACAACAUGCUCGGAGGAAGUCGAUUGCUCGCAAAGGGAGCAACGCCUGGAAGGAGUCUCGCCGCCGAGAGUCCAUCGCACGGCGUGCCGAGCUGCCUCUCGGCGGUAUGCGGGUCAUUACCACCGGAGGUGUCACGGCCGGCCUGGACGCCGCCCUCUAUCUCGUUGGCUCCUUGGUUUCCCAUGAGUCGGCUCUCGAGGUUGCUCGUGUCAUGCAGUAUACCUGGGUCAAGGGAGUUACUGUCGACGCCAUUGAUGUCUGAACGCUUCGUCGCCUGGACUCAGCCAAGGCGACAUAGUAUGGCGUCUUUUGCGAAUUGGUAAACGCCUGCGACUGUCAGGUUGAUUUGCUCUUAGAGCUUUCUGCUUGGAUAUGUAAAGUAUGGGAAAUGAACUUAUGAACAUUGAAAUGUCUCAAACACUGAACUUUGUGC